UAUUUCUCUAUUACCCCCCCAAAAAAAGAGAGAGAGAGAGAGAGAAGAAGUAAAAACAAAGGAGAGAAAUAAACAAUCAAAUUCUAAGAAAAAAAAGCAGAGAGAAGCAAACGGGCUGAUAAGAGAAAACAAAUCUAUUUUUUAUGUGGCUUUGGAUUCUUUUGGCUAAUCGUGCCUGCCAGCUUUGCUUGAGUAUGGCUAAACAGGAAUAAUAGUGAUGAAAAUUCUUGUUGAAAAAAGAGAAAAAAUAUUAAAUUAAAAAAAUUUGCCAAGGGAAAAUAAAAAAGAGCUGCCUUGAUUGUUUAGCUUUGGAGGUGAGUCUAGGCAGAGACUGGAGUUUUGGAUAGUGACCAUUGAAGCUGGUAAUGAGAGAGAUGUCGGAAAAAUGGAGAUGGGUAUUGGUGUUCUUCACUGUCUGCAUUCUGGGUUGGAGACCCAGUUCCAUUAAUGCCGUCACAGAUCCAAAUGAUGCUUCUGCUCUAAAGAUCAUGUUCACUAGCAUGAAUUCUCCUGGUCAGCUAUCUGGCUGGAAUGCAAAUGGUGAUGAUCCAUGUGGGCAAUCUUGGCUUGGAAUUACUUGUUCGGGGCAGAGAGUAACAGAGAUUAAAUUACCCAGCCUCGGGCUAUCUGGUUCAAUGGGGUAUAACCUAGCACCUUUAACAUCAGUGACCAUCCUAGACCUGAGCAAUAAUAAUCUUGGUGGCAAUAUUCUUUAUGCUCUACCUCCAAACCUGACAAGAUUAAAUCUUGGUCGCAAUAGCUUUAAUGGAGGCAUCCCUUAUUCGAUUUCGCUUAUGACUUCUCUGCAAUAUCUUAACCUAAGCCACAAUCAGAUUCAGAACCAAUUGGACGACUUGUUUGGAAAGCUUACUUCCCUCUCAGUAUUGGAUCUUUCGUUUAAUACUAUACAAGGUAAUCUUCCCGAGAGUUUAAGCAGCCUGACAAGUGCGAAUGCAAUGUAUCUGCAGAAUAACCAGCUUACUGGCACUAUUGAUGUUCUUGCCAGUCUUCCCCUUCUUCAAACUCUGAAUGUAGAGAAUAACAAGUUUACAGGCUGGAUUCCUGACCAACUUAAAAACAUUAAUUUAAAGAAGGAAGGUAACUCGUGGAAUUCAGGGCCUGCACCUCCACCUCCACCUGGUACACCCCCAGCAAACAGAAACCGAAAUCAUAAAUCUGGCAACGGUAACAGAUCAUCAAAUGAUGGUGGGGAAGGUGGUAAAAGUUCCGGAAUAGGGGCUGGAGGUAUAGCAGGAAUAGUGAUAUCUAUUCUUGUUGUUGGAGGAAUGGUAGCAUUCUUUGUCAUAAAGAGAAGAUCUAAAAAGUCAUCCCCUGACAUAGAAAAGAUUAAUGAACCCUUCGCUCCUCUGGCUUCAAAUGAAGUGCAUGGGAUGAAGUCAGUGCAAACUUCUUCCACAUUGAACACCAAAACCUUUGAUGCUCCUGCCUCAAUAAAUCUUAGACCACCUCCCAUUGAACGUCACAAGUCUUUUGAUGAUGAUGACAUUGUCUCAAAGAAGCCUGUUAUUAAAAAGAAAACUGUCACUGCUCCUAUAAAUGUCACAUCCUACUCAGUAGCAGAUCUGCAAAUGGCUACUGGAAGCUUCUGUGUUGAUAACCUUCUUGGAGAAGGGUCUUUUGGGCGUGUCUAUCGAGCUCAAUUUGAUGAUGGAAAGGUUCUUGCUGUGAAGAAAAUAGAUUCAACUGUUCUUUCGAGACAAUCACCUGAAGAAGAUUUCACAGAGAUUGUUUUGAACUUGUCACAUUUGCACCAUCCAAAUGUUACAGAGUUGAUGGGAUAUUGCUCAGAGCAUGGACAGCAUCUACUAGUGUAUGAGUUCCAUAAAAAUGGUUCACUGCACGACUUCCUGCAUCUAGCAGAUGAAUACAGCAAGCCAUUAAUUUGGAAUUCCCGUGUAAAAAUUGCUUUGGGGACUGCUCGUGCUCUAGAGUACCUACAUGAAGUUUGCUCGCCAUCAGUUGUUCACAAAAAUGUCAAAUCAUCCAAAAUAUUACUCGAUGCAGAGCUCAACCCUCACCUUUCAGACUGUGGUUUAGCAAACUAUAUAGAACAGGCCAAUCAGUAUUUGAGCAGCCAUUCAGAUGUUGGGUUUAAUGCUCCUGAAAUUCUUAUGGGCAAUCAAUUUUCCGUAAAAAGUGACGUCUACAGUUUUGGGGUGAUUAUGCUGGAGCUUCUUACUGGACGAAAACCAUUUGAUAGCUCAAGGCCUAGAUCUGAGCAGUCAUUGGUUAAAUGGGCAUCGCCCCAGCUUCAUGAUAUCGACGCCCUCUCUAAAAUGGUAGAUCCUGCACUUGAAGGGCUCUACCCUGUUAAAUCUCUCUCCCGCUUUGCCGAUGUCAUUGCUCUUUGUAUUCAGGCUGAACCCGAGUUUCGACCACCGAUGUCAGAAGUAGUUGAGGCAUUGGUUCGGUUGGUGCAGCGAGCUAACAUGAGUAAAAGAACAAUCGGAACUGAUCAAGGAUCAUUCAAACGAGGGGAAAGUUCAGAAAUACCAGACAAUUUGUCUUGAAGAAACAAGAUGUUGAUAUUUAAUGGGUUUUGGUGUUCUUGGUGUUGUGCCCUUCGUUAUAAUAACCUGGUAGAAAGUGAGAGAGAGAGAGUAAUGCAAUGCUUGUCCAUAAUUACGUAGUUGAAGUAGUUGUUUCAUUGUUUUGUUGCUUAAUAAUUUCAAUACUGAACUGAACCUCUGGCUACUGAGUUUAUUGAUACCUGUGGACUCGGAUGAGUUAUAUUUUACUUUCCACAUUGCGAUGCAUCUAUGAUGAAUGACAAUGCCGAUUCAAUGCGAAGACUCACAAAACAUUUAGUUUGAAA